AUGAGAGUGGUCGAUUUGUUCCGCCGUUUCUGUCUUCGGCGCGGAGCUACCCAACUCGCCGCACCUCCACCACUGCGCACUUUCUCUGCCCCUCGACCUCGAUCGCAAGGUCCCCGAUUCCAACAAUGGAGCAACUUGGCCAGGAGAUCCAGAGCCAGAGCUCCGAUCCUGGGCUCUGUGCUCUUUGCCGCCGCAUUGGGCCCCGCGGCGUUCAUGGAGUUGGCAGAAAAGACCAGCGAAGAUGAGACUGCGGAAAAGCAAAUGCUACGGGCCUCGCGGCAAGAGCUGCGCAAAACAGUGUCCGCCGAUGUAGGCGGCUACACUCGAUUUAAGCAACAGAUAUGCAUAUUUCUCUAUUCCUACGUCUACGAACCAAUUGCAACGGGCUUCAGAUUUCUCCAUUUGACCGUCAUUUUCCUUCCUGUCUUGAUAUCUGUCCCGGUGCUGGGUCAAUGGGCUGCCUCCCGAACAGACAUUUUCCCUCCGGAGCUAUGUGCUCGACUGUCGUCUCUCCACUCCCAUGCGCCGGCGCAUUCGUUGAAAGCCACGAAAAAGAUACUACGCAGGGCUUUUAAGGGCCUUCCAUUUGACGAGAUAUUCGAAGAAUUUCAAGAAGAACCUCUUGGCGUUGGCGCCAUUGCGCAGGUGUACAAGGCCAAAUUAAAGCCGGACCUAGCCGCCCAAUAUGCAGACGAAAUGCGAGAUAUGCCUAAAGACUUGGCCGCCAGAGUACGAAAGAAUGUCGAUGUUCUCGUCAAGAGCUCGCCUCAGCGAGUGCCUUCUUCUUAUGUUGCUGUCAAGGUCCUCCAUCCGAAAGUAGAUCUUAUUGUGAAGAGAGACUUGAACAUCAUGAACAUUUUCGCUCAAAUUAUCAACAUCAUUCCAACCAUGCAGUGGCUGUCCCUGCCUGGCGAAGUACAGCAAUUUGGGGAAAUGAUGAAAUUACAACUUGAUCUGCGAAUAGAAGGAGCUAAUCUGGCAAUUUUUAGAGACCAUUUCAAAUCACGCACUACAGCCUGGUUUCCAUAUCCAUAUUCAGAAUAUACUACGAGAGAAGUCCUUGUUGAGGAAUUCGCACAAGGCAUCCCAUUGUCUGUGUUCCUCGAGAAAGGAGGCGGUGUUUACCAGAAGGAAAUUGCAGACGAGGGACUUGACGCUUUUCUGCGUAUGUUGCUCAUUGACAACUUCGUCCAUGCUGACCUUCAUCCGGGAAACAUUAUGGUUCGUUUUUACAAACCCAGUGAACUUGAUAUCUCUCUUCAUGCUCCAACGCGGGCACUCGAAGCCACAUCGUCCGCAGAACUAGAUGUCAACGAACACGUGCUACGACGCUUACGGCCUCACAUGGAAGAUCGGGACGCCUGGAAGGCAGCGCUUGAUAGAUUAGAUCAAGAGGGUUACCGACCUCAACUGCUAUUUAUCGACACAGGGCUUGUAACACAACUAAACGAUAAAAACCGACGCAAUUUCUUAGACUUGUUCCGUGCAGUUGCCGAGUUUGAUGGAUAUAAAGCGGGCCAUUUGAUGGUCGAACGCUGCCGACAACCAGAAGCAGUAAUUGAUGCUGAAAUAUUUGCAUUAAAAAUGCAGCACCUCGUGCUAGGCGUCAAAUCACGGACGUUUGCUUUAGGCAAUAUCAAGAUUGGCGAUGUUUUGAGUCAGGUGCUCCAAAUGGUGCGAGAACAUCAUGUGCGCCUUGAAGGUGACUUUGUCAAUGUCGUUAUAUCGAUUUUAUUGUUGGAGGGAAUCGGAAGGAGUCUAGAUCCGAAUCUUGAUUUGUUCAAGAGUGCCCUCCCGAUUCUCCGUCAACUUGGCUCAGGCUCAACACUAUUCCGAUCAGUGCGUGGCGGCAAUACUUCAAUGCUUCGAGUCUGGGUAGGUCUCGAAGCACGCACAUUCCUUCAGGCCACUCUGGAAGGUGUGGAAAUGUGCGUAAAGUACGAUAUGCUGGCACCCAACAUUUAG